CCUGACCCUGCCUCUCCAAAAACAGCAGGUCAGACCAGCGCCUGUCUGCAGCCAGAGCGGUGCCGCCUGAACAGUGAUGGUUCAGUUACCCAAGGAUUGGAUUGUAUGAUGGCAGUGCCCUUUUUUAUUCCCCCCUUCUCUGGGGAAAAAUAAAAAAGGAAUGAUGAAGGAAAACAGUUUAGAUCUGGUUAACAAGCUUUACUCAUGGCCUGCUACGGGGACGUUGCUGCUCUGGUACCUGUCCUGUCUGUACGCAGCGUACUUGAUGCUGAAACAGAAGCUGGGGACUCCUGACCCGUAGGAGGGCAUUCCCGAGCACAUGGGGCACUUGCAUUGGUGUGGAGAAGCAGUGGAGCUGCAGCACCACGGUCGUGACAUGACCUCAUGGUCAGCAGCAGCUUAGGGGAACUCCAGCUCUGUGGGUUGACGUUUUCCACUUCAGAUGAAUGUGGCAAGAAAGCCUUUUGUUUCUUUUAAAUGUGAAUAUUUGGUCAAAGCAGGGAUUAAACAUCACUGUGAAGCCAGGGAGGUGGUUAUGUGUCCUGGAGGGAGUCCCAGUGAGGCCUCCUUCCGCAAGAACCCUAUUUCUGUUGGCUGAGCUGGACGGUCCUACGGAAAAAUUGAGGCUGGGAAGACUGUCGCUUACAGAAGGCACUUUCUGACUAGCUGGUUGCUUGUGGUGGAACUAAAAUGCCUGAAGGCAGCGGGUGCUUUGAACUUCCAGGAACAAGCUCUUCUCCGCUGAACUGUGUGUGAUCCUAUUGGUAUCCAGGUUGUGCGUUUGGGCUGGCUCUGCCCGUCACAGCUCUGCGGUAUCUGCGAUCUCCAGGCACUCGUGGUAGGCUUUGGGGAACACCUCGUUGAAGGAUUUAAGGAGGAGAGUUUCCUAACUUUCCCGUGCAGUUGGUGGGGAGCAAUGGCACAUCAAACCUGACCUUCGGGAGAUGAGGCUUGGUUCCCGACUUGCAGAUCUCUGACCAUGGUAACUUCUCUCUGUGUGGCAGAGUCCCCUGACUGGUGCUUGAGGGAGCAAGUAAGGACUUAUGGGGUUGGGCGCUUUUUCUGUACUUUGCUCUAGUUCAGGGGCAUUUGAGGUCCCUCAGAAAUGGACUUUCCACGUGGUGCUAUGGUUCCCUAGUGUGAACGCGAGUUGUCUCUGCAAACACUCUGCGUUCCCGCUGACUGAACGGUCACUCUCGCCAUAUGGCGGUCAUGUCUUUCUGUUCCUGAUGAUGCUGACUUGUUUGCGAAUAAAAAGCUUUCCUGAAGUUUGUCUCUGAAUCUUUCUAUUCCUGUCUGGUUUGCCUUCCUCUCCUGGGCAGAGCCAAGUGAGUCCAUGGCCAGCUUUGACCUGUGGCAACCUGUUCAGUGCAAUGGGUGGUGUGUCCGCUGGGAUGGGGAUGUUUCAGGGGACAGAAACCCAUGGUGCUUCUGCAGGUAGCAAGUGAUGGCACAGGGGCCACAGCUUCUGGGUAGCGCCGGUCUGGAUGAGAUGUGAACUGCUGCCGUAAAGAUACUGGUAAUUAGCGUACCUCCAAGCUUGUUAAUCUGAGCCUGGUGGCCACGGUGGCUGGUGAGGGAGCUCGCAGUACUUGGUGUCUGAGGGUUAAAGAGCCGUGUGGUUCCUGGUUCUCAAACAGAAAGGUGCUCUGCAGGUUUGAUGUGGCCUCCAGACAGGCCAACAACUUCCUCCUGCUGGGCCUGCAUCCAUGGAGACAGCCAGUCAGGCCAGGCUGCGCUGGGAAGGGACUGCAGAGCGGGAGAGCAGCCGGUCAGAAGGGUUUGGGCUCAGCAGGAGGCUGGCCAGGGCUCUCCUCCGCCCCCCACGUCGGUCUGUUCACCUCUGUGGUCAGCGGGGCUUGCUUGACCCACGGGGAUGAGCUUCCAUGGCUUAGCUCUGGCACCUCCGGCCAAGAACGUGGUGGUGUAUCGCAAUGGUGACCCCUUCUUCCCUGGGAGGAAGGUUGUGGUGAACCAGCGGCGGUUCCUGAACUUUGAGGCGUUUCUGAACGAGGUGACCAAGAGCAUUCACGCACCCUUGGCUGUGAGGAACCUCUACACACCCAGGCAUGGCCACCGCGUCGCUGAGCUGGAGGAACUGCAGGACGGGUGCCAGUAUGUGGCUGCAGGCUUCGAAAAGUUCAAAAGGCUUGACUAUUUAAAUCGUGGAAGGAAGGAGCUCCGUGGGACAAGGAACGGUGACGGUCUGCAGUUCCGCACUGUAGCUCCCUGGAAGCCGAAUGUCUUGGUGCGAUGGCAGAAGCACACCCACCUGCCCUGCGUGAUACAUGUUUUCCGGAAUGGGGAUUUGCUGAGCCCUCCUUUCCCGCUGCCUCUCUCCAAGAGCACCCCACUGCAGUGGGACGCACUGCUGGCCACGCUGACAGAGAAAGCCGACCUGCGCAGCGGAGCUGUUAACAAGCUCUGCAGGCUGGAUGGAACCCAGGUGUCUGGUGGGGAGGAGCUGGUGAAUGGCCGUUACUACGUGGCAGUGGGAAAUGAGGAGUACAAAAAACUGCCUUACUUCGAGCUGCUGGUGCCCCAGAACUCUGCGUACAAGAUGCUGCGGAACCACCCAAAUAGCAGGGGCAAAAAAUACCGCAGAAGGUUUGGUGAACUCUGUGCCACCUCCCAGGCCAGAGCUGGUGACUCUGCUCUUGCUGAACCACCUCAACAGCUGGACGGUCACAGGGUGCAGGCCAUGGGAGCUGCAGAGAAAGACAAGGUCCCAGCUGCUUUUCCAGAACUGCAAAGACAAGCCAGGAAAUCUCGCCUCAGAGAGGAAGAGUCCAUUUUCCAUGCUACACCUGUCCGUGCAGGACAAAACAGAAGGAGCAACAGGAAUGUGCAGCACUGGCCUGAUCAAGAAGAAAGCGUCUAUAAAAUAAGAGAUCCCAGGAAGGAGAUGCGAGGUGCCCGGGAAGUAAAAGAGGAUGAACGCACAACAGUGGACGUAUCCAUUGAUCAGGCACAGACUGCAGAGAAAUCACAAAAGGCCGUGGCAAGGAAAAGGGAUGCCAGUGACUCUGAGGAUGAAAAGCACCAAAGGAUGUUGCCCUUGGCAGCAAAGAGCUCUGAAGAGUUCACAAAGGGAGCAGGAUGGGAGAGGGACAGUUAGCACCCUCAUCAUCUGAGCUGGAGAAGCAGAGUACCAGUGAAUGCUGAAUCAGAUGCACGAUGUCGUUAAAUAAUGAAGAUCUUCCCCGUUUCCUCGUCUUGGUGGGAUGACGAUGCGGCAGAGGAGAUGGCUGCUUUUCUGCACUCUAAUUAAACUGGUUUGUGUCUGAACUUGGGAAGGAAGACUUACCAAAUACCCGCCUCUACAACAAAAGGCCUGCCACGAAGUGUGUUCUGUCAGAUACUUCUUAUGAAGAGAUUUCGUUGCAUCGUUUGCCCUCUCACUUGGAAUGCCUGGAUAAUGUUUGCAGCAAUCAAAUUCAUUGCCAAGCAUCUAUACAUCUUGUUUCUGUUAACUUGUCUGAGGAGCAUCUGCCUGAUUUAGGAAAAAUCAUGGUAAUAAACAGCUCUUCUAUGAACCCCCUCCCUGCAAGGCUUUCUGUAUUUCACUCCCUGGUGUUCCUGAUUAAUUACAAGGGUAACAAAGUUGUUUGGUUUGUUGGUUUCUUUCUUCUUCUGUGAUCUACCUGGUCUUUUGGACUG